UAGCAAUUGCCAGUUAGCUGCCAUAACUUAGAAUCCUUAGUGGAUGUAGGAAGCUUGUUGUCAUGGUCGUUUGUUAUCCUUCUCUCAUGGCUUCCACAUAUACUGUUUUCUUUCUGCUCUCAAUAUCCUUUACAUGUGGGGGAGCUCACCCUCAACAUAUGCAAUGCAGUCAUCCUAUAAGCCUGGGCUCUUCACUUCUUAUCCCCUCGUCAUGGCCUUCCCCUUCUCGUCAAUUUGCAUUUGGAUUCUAUCCGGAAGGCAAUGGUUUUAUGGUUGGAAUCUGGUUGGUGGGUAUAGACAAUAAAAUCACAGUUGUGUGGACAGCAAACCGGGAUGAUCCUCCGGUCACCUCAAAUGCAACAACAUUGGAUUUAACGAAGAGUGGUAAGCUUCUUUUGAAAACUGAUGAGCAAGGAAAGGAGAAGCCUAUCAGCAUCAGUACAACGUCGGACUCUGCUUCUUUUGCCUGCAUGUUUGAUUCUGGCAAUUUUGCUCUCUACAACAAAAGUGAUUCCAUCAUUUGGGAAACUUUCAGAUAUCCAACUGAUACUAUUUUGAAAGGGCAGAUUCUGCCCUUCGGUGGUCAAUUGUUCUCUAGUGCAUCGGAGACCAACCACUCAACUGGACGGUUUCGUCUGAAGAUGCAGUAUGAUGGAAACCUUGUUCUAGAACCGGCAAACACGGUAGAAGAUGCAAGUGAAGUUUACUGGGAAUCUUCAACUGGUGGAGAGAGUAGAAAUCUCCUUGUUCUCAAGGAUGCAGGGCUUCUACAAAUCAUCAAUAGUACUAGUGUAAGUGUUAAAAAUUUUACUUCCUUAGAUAGCAAUAACAGCAAGACCAUUUAUCGUGCAACUCUCGAUGUUGAUGGAGUAUUCCGGUUGUAUUCACAUGCCUUUGACGAGACUACUGGCAAACUAAAAGCAUCAGAAACUCAGUGGUCAGCAUUGGAGGACAAGGAUAUUUGCGAAGUGAAUGGUUUCUGUGGUUUCAACAGCUUUUGCACACUCAAUGACGACAAACCGUACUGUGCUUGUCUUCCUGGAACCGAUUUUGUUGACGCGAUUCAUAAAUCUCUCGGCCGCGUGAGAAACUUUACAGAAGAAGGCAGGUGCGGAGGUGGCAAAGAUAACAUCACUACUACACUAAAUAUGAUGUGGAUCAACGAUAUUCCAUUCACAUAUGAACACACUUCAACGAAGGAAGAAUGUCUCCGAUCUUGCUUGGAAGACUGCAAUUGUGAGGCAGCACUGUUCAUUCCUAAUUUGUAUUCGCAAAAGAAUUGCCGGAGAUACAAGCUUCCACUGAGAUAUGUUAGAAGGGAUACAAGCAUGGAUACCGUAGCUUUCUUCAAGGUGGGCAAAAGAAGCUGGAAUGAAACCAUCCCAGUGAAGCCUCCUGUCAUCGUGUUCAAAAGCAAAAAGGUUAUAGUACAAAUUCUUGUUUUAAUCUUAGCUUUUACUGCGUUCUCCUGUCUUGGUCUUGGAAUUUCUGGUGUUUACAUGUUCAAAAUUCGAGUUCUAAGGUAUAAAAGACUGAAAGAGAGUGAAAUACUGGGCCUGACUAAGGGGCUUACUUUAAAUUUGUUUUCAUAUGAUGAGCUCAGAAGAGCAACAAAUGGCUUCAAAGAUGAGUUGGGUAAAGGUUCUUUCGGAACAGUAUACAAAGGGGCUUUAUACAAAGGUAAAAAACUUGUUGCAGUGAAGAGACUAGAGAAAUUGGUGGAAGAAGGUGAAAGGGAGUUUCGUGCGGAGAUGCAAGCAAUAGGAAGAACCCACCACAAAAAUUUGGUUCAAUUGAUAGGUUAUUGUGCUGAGGGCUCAAAGAGGCUUCUUGUCUAUGAAUAUAUGAGCAAUGGCUCCCUUGCCGAUGUUCUUUUUAAGGGUGUAAGGCGUCCAGACUGGGAUGAAAGGGUAAGAAUAGCACUGGAUGUUGCAAGAGGGAUUCUCUAUCUACAUGAGGAGUGUAAGGCCCCGAUUAUUCAUUGUGAUAUAAAACCCUCAAACAUUUUGAUGGAUGAUUUUUGGACUGCUAAAAUCUCCGACUUUGGCUUGGCAAAAUUGUUAAUGCCAGAUCAAACAAGAACCUUCACGAUGGUCAGAGGAACUAGAGGGUAUCUGGCACCUGAGUGGCAGAAGAACACCCCUAUAUCAGUGAAGGCGGAUGUUUAUAGUUAUGGAAUGGUACUUUUGGAGAUUGUAUGUUGCAGAAGGAACAUGGAUGUUAAUGCAUCAAUACCAGAAGAAAUUGUUCUUUCUACUUGGGUAUAUAAGUGCUUUGUUGCUAGAGAAUUAGAAAAGAUUGUGGGUAGUGACGAAGUAGAUAAGAGAACCUUGGAGAAUAUGGUUAAGGUGGGACUAUGGUGCAUUCAGGAUGAACCAUUUCUUCGUCCUUCCAUGAAGAGUGUUGUAUUGAUGUUGGAAGGGAUAACCGACAUAUCUGUUCCUCCAUGCCCAACUAAUAUCCCAUGUAAACUUUCUCUAUGUAAGGAAAAUUCUAUAUCUAUUUUAAUGUAG